AUGAAUUCUAAUUUUCCUUCAAAUUUGACAAGAAGUAUUGCAGGUCUUCUGUUUCUAGAAAAUGACAGUAUUAAUGAAGGAGCUGCACAUCUUUUGGUAAUUACCUUCUCUGGUGAGUUGCAUAAAUAUUUAGUGAACCGUAAUGGUCAAUACCAGUUGGUGCACUCUUUCAAUUUCACAUUUCACCAUCAACAAGGAGUGACUGCAGUAGUCUACAUUCCCAUACACAGUCUCCUUAUCAUUGGCAGCCAUGUUCCUACUGCAACUGGACUUGAUAACUCCAUGUUAGAAGCAGAACAACAUGGCCUCAGUUUAUGGAGGAUUUUAUCUUCUUUCCCAUUCUACAAAUUAAUCACAGAUUAUGAGGAAGAUAUAAAAAAAUCAAAGCAAAGAGGCUUUCUAAAGAGAUUCAUGGUUCUACCAAAACUAUCUUGGCAAACCAGCAAAGACAGUAUUUUCAAGAUGUCUCUUUCUCCAAACCAGAAACAGCUGGCAACUCUUCAUUACUCAGGAAAACUUGUACUCUGGGAUGUGCCUUCAUUGCAUAAGAGAAAAUCUUGGACUCAUGAACAACAGCCUUGUCAUGAUGAGCUAAACCCAGAAUUUCUUGACAAACCACAGAAAAGAAAACUCAUAAAAGACUUGGUUCAAUCCAAGAAUUUGCUUGAUGUCAACUGGUGGACUGAUAAUGCAUUGAUCUUAGCUAGAUGUCAAGGUUCUGUAAGUUUGGCCUCUACAAAAUCUUUGAAGAAUAUGCUUGGUGAAACUCCAGAAUGGUUUGAACCUGCACCUCGAGUUACUAGCACUUUUGAUGGAAGGUUUUUAGGCCUUGAGUGUGCUUGUAAAUUUGUGACAAAACACAGCUUAGGGAAUACUUCAAGUAACAACCCUUUGUCUGAUGAUCAGUUUGAAGACAGUGAUGAUGAAGAAAUAUCUUGGAUGAGAAAAACUUCACAAUACACCAAACAAGUAUUGUAUUAUAUUACAGACAAUGAAUGUUUUAAACCAAUGCAUAAGAAACCCAGAUUUGUCAAUCGGACCUACCAACUUGUCUGUCUUCGAUCAACAACACCUGAGGAAUUGUAUGCCCAAAAGAUUGAUAAUGAAGAGUAUGGAGAGGCACUGGCCUUGGCAAUGGCUUAUAACCUGGACUGUGAUUUGGUUUACCAGCGUCAGUGGCACAAAUCCCCAGUAUCUGUGGCCUCCAUAAAUGAUUACUUGCGCAAGAUUAGUAAAAGGUCUUGGGUACUCCAUGAAUGUUUGGAACGAGUCCCAGACUCUAUCCAUGCACUUAAAGAUCUUUUAAAGUAUGGUCUUAAAGGUACUGAUUUGCAAGCCAUGAUUGCUAUUGCCAAAAAAGAGGAUGGAGGAAGAUUUGUAAUAUGUGAUGAUGAUGAACUAAUCAUUGAUAGUGAUGAUGAAUAUGAAGGUAUUGAUUUUUUCAAUAUGGCAAAUUUACAAAAACAGCAAGAGAAAAUUUUUAAAAAGAAGCAAGAAUUACUUGAUCAAAUCAAAUUUGCCUCUUUAUCACUUGAACAAAAAGAACUAUGCCGAGCUCGUCUCAAACUACUUCAGUACUUGGAUCGUCUAAUGACUUAUGAGCUUAUUCUUGGCGGUAUUCAUUCUGCACCUGAACAUUUUGAUCGUGUUUUUUUUGAGACCUUUCGUUCAGAGAAUCUUGUGGAAGCAGCUGUUAAAUUUGCUCAGGAUAGUGAAACUGUGGCAGUUGAGGCAUUAUUCAGCUAUCAUGGAACUGACGUCUUACCACAUAGGUUAGCUAUCUUGUCUAACUUCCCAGAAACAACAUCACCUUCAGAGUACAGUCACCUGCUUCCAGAAGUUGGGCUUGGUAAUAUGUUGUUACCUUGGGAAGAAGAUCAGAGACGUGAGGAAGACUGGUGUGAAGCACACAGAUCUGUCAUUGAUCCAAUUCAAGUUGAUUUAGGAAUCAAUUUAUAUGAAGAAAAUCCAUCACUGUUAAAAUUCAAAGGAAUAUCCUUAGACAAGGAAGUUGUCAAAAAUUGGUAUAUGGAGAGAGCCUGUGAGAUUGAGAGAGAAUCUCGUAUGGUUGACAAUGCUGUAGAAUUAAUCAAGCUGAGUAUUGAUCGAGGAGUGGAGGGUCUUGAAGAUUUGUUAGAUGAUUUAAUAACAAUGGAAUGUCUUGUUUAUGACUGCCAUGUUGGAUCAGAGCUGACCUUUAAACAACUUCAAGAAAAAAACAACAUUGAAAAAGUUCAUCUUAUAAUGAAUAAGUCAUCAAUUGAAAAAUAUGUGAAGAAUAUUCACCACUGGUUGAUUCCAUUCCUGAAAAGAUGUGAAAGAAAUGACCCUCAUGCUUACAUGACAUUGCUAAAAAAUUAUAUGACAAAUAUGGCCAAAGAUGACCUUACACUUCCUCUGAAGAUAUUUGAAGCGUCAAAAUCAAAUCUGUCCACACCUGUGAUUGCCAAUCCACUUGAUCUUAUACAAAUGGCUAUUGAUGUUAUUUACAUCUGUGAACGGGAUAACCAAGUGGACAUUGCUGGAAAUAUUAUGAAAUGCUUGCCUUUAAAAAUUCCUGGUGCAGGAUCAUAUACACAAGAAUUGCAGAGACAGAGAGAAAAUUUAGAAAGCCACAUUUGGGCAGCACAAAUAUUUAAUGAGUAUGGUUUACAACAAACUAUUUAUACUAUCAAAGAUUCACAGAAAAAUAUAGAAUCCACAAAGAAUUUACUUGUGAAGUUAACACGUUCUGCUGGUAGACGAACACCAGCAAUGAAUGAGAAAGAAUGGUUUGACUUUCACAGAAGUGUCACCAAACUUCAAGAAAGACUUUUCCAGAACAUUACUCCUGCUGAAGCCUUGGAGAUAUAUGUUGCUAGUAUGUUAUGUUCAAGUGAUAUAAAAGUAAUCAACUUGGCUAAACACUACAUUACGCAACAACAAAAUGAACCUAAAUUUCUGCAGCAUGUGGAUAUUACAGUCAAGGUGUCUUUUGAACAAUCUGUACAUUUGGUAUUGAAUGCAGCUCAAGAGUAUUUCAACUCAGCAUCAAAUUUCAGUCAUUUUUCAAUGAACAUGGCCAAGACCUGUCUAAAUUUGAUAAAGGACUCUUCAGAAGAUAUUCAAAAAGAGUUGGAUUUAAUUGAGUCUUUAUCCAUUUUAGAAGAAUUUGGAGUCAGCAUUUUACCUUUGCAAGUUCGUCUCAAAGAAAACAGAUUGGAUUUAGUAAAGGAGUCUAUAAAUAGCCGAACAAAUGCUUAUAGACAAUCCGAUAAGUUAUUACAACUGGCUAAGUUUUUGCAUGCAUCUGAAAAUGAAGCUGAAAUUGAUGGAAAUGUGCACCAAUUAAUUGCUGAAAUGGCACUUGUUGCCAAAGAUUAUAUGUGUGCAUAUAGUGCUUGUUCUCAACUGAUGAGAACUGGUUAUGCCCCAGCUUGGAGUGUAUGUAUGGAUUUGGCUGAGAAAGGCAAUUGUGUACUUGGCACAAGGAUUGAAUUAAUGGAAUUUGCUGUCACUUAUUGUACCGCUGACAUGAUUGAACCUAUUUUACAAGCUAAAGCACUUUUGGAAAUACAGCUCUUGUAUGACCAAGUAAAUGCUGAAUUUGGUAACUGCCCUCCAUUUUUGGAGAAGGGUUGCCAUCCAUUUUAUAUAGAAGUCAUUGAAAACAGUAUUUCAGACAAGAAAAUAGCAGAUCUUGAGAAAUUUGAAUGCCAACUUCCACAUUCAAUAGAGACAAGCAGCAGUAUAUUACGAACUGCUAAAUUGGAGGAAAGCCUUACAGAAGGAGAGCAAUAUAGACCAACAACAGAAGUGCUUCUAAGACUAGCCUUGGCUACUCUUCGAACAGACUUAACACUUGGUCUUUCCUAUUUGCUUGCAUUGCCUCAAUGUGAAUUAGCAGACCAAUGUUUCAGUCAACUACCUAAUACAGCCUUGGCUUUACAGUUGGCUGAAUUCUACUAUUCUCUUAAUAUUUACCUUGCCUUAUGGCCAGAUACUGGACCUGCACCUGCAAAAAUGUUCAAUUAUCCACCUUCUCAUAUUAUCUCAACUGUAGCCAUGUACUUAGUUGAAAAUCCUGAUUUACCAGAAGUUCAGAAAUCAGUGGAAAGACUACAAAACUACUGUGGACUCUCAAAAGAUUAUUGUCAAGCAAAAACUCUUCAAGGAUUAGGAAGAGGAGUGGAUGUUUUACGCUUUACAGAGGAUGAUAACUAUAAACAUGAAACCAUUUUAGGUUUGGCUAUGACAAAUGAAGCUGAUAUUUUUAAGAUUGCUGUAUCUUUAGCUGAACAUUAUAAUUUAUCUCAGUGGGAACUCUACAUGACACAUUUAGAAUUUUUAUUCUGUGAAAGUGGACUUGAUGCUAAUGUAUUAACUCUGUGUGUCCAGGAGGCUAAACUGAUGCCAACAUUAUUAGAAAACCCUAAACAGUUUGUGCAACGUAUGAAAGAUUACGUGUACCCCUUCAUUGAAGGUCAUAAUCACUCACGCCUUAUCUGUUACUAUUCACUGUUAGUCAAAUGUGAAGAGUACUGGUUAGAUGAGAAAAUAAAACCGUCUCUUCAUGUGGGACUGCUUAAGAAAUUAAGACCAGUUGCUCCAGGUUUAGAUUAUAAAAUUUUGAUGUCUGGGAAGGAUACUCUCUUUAAUGUCAUUCAACCUAUUCUUAAUGAAAAUAAUGUGAAUGUAUUUGCUAAACUGGCAUUCAAGAUUCCUGAUCAGAAAGGUGGCUAUUUUCACUCUGGUAUUGUUUUCGCAAUGUGGGCAGCAAAAAUGUUUUGGAAUGCAGAAAUAAAUCAACCUAAACUUACUGGUGAUUCUUGUUGGCUACAUCAGUAUGAUGACUGCUGGGAAUUCACUCAGAAAAUGUUUCCAGCUGACUUACUCAUGUUUAUUGAAUCAAUUGUUUUUGUCUCUACCUCAAGGGAAAAACUAUCUACCAAUUGUCGAGAAAAUAUUGUUAAAAGAGCUUUGAAAUACUGUCAACAGGAUAAAGGUAAAAAGAAGAAACAAGAUGGCUCAAGUUGUGAUGUAACAUGGAAAAAUGCAGAAGAUAAGCUGCAAAUUUAUUUGCAACAUUUGCGUUCACUUCAAAAUCCUAUUAUUGAAAAACUGAAAUCAUCAGAAGCAGAAAGCAUGCAACACUAUGCAGAGAUGUAUGAUCUUUCUAAAGGAGAUGUAGAACUGUUGAAGAAAUUCCACAUUCAGCUGUUACUGGAUGGCUUACCUAUUGAUUUAUUAAAUGAUAUUCUGUCUAUUAAACCAAUUUCAAAUUGGAAUCUUUCUACUGCUGUAAAGAAGGCUAUAGAAUAUUGUACAGAUUACAUUCUAGAUUCAAGUAAACACUGCGAUAUUUUUAAGAAAUCAGAUGGAAUUGAUGUUGUGGAAAGUAUUAUCCAAAAUGUACUUGGACAUCAAGAGAUGAGUGGGAAGUUAGUGACAGCUGAUGAUUUGCUGUCUUUGCUUCUCCCUUUUUGCUCUAAUUGCUCUGUCUCUGUGCAGCCCCGACUAAAAUUAUUGAAAUGUUUAGAAAUGAAUUUUAAAUUGAAGCCAAAAGAUAUAGAAUUGGUGGUGUUUUAUAGAACAAAUGCUGUAAUUGCUGAUUCUUGGCCGCAUCAACAACUUGAGAGCAGUGACAUCCAAACUGUUGAUGCCCGUCAAAAAUUGUUUGAAAAUUUAUUGUCUGCUAGCAGCACUGAUGUUCACUAUGUAGCUCUCUGCCAACUUCUGAAAAUAUGGCCUUCUCUAGAGAUGCUGAAAUUAGGAAAUCCUGCUGAAAAUCCUUGGGUUAAAAUGAUCACAACCAUGAGUCCUGAUGCGAUAUGUCAAGUAUUAAAAGAGAUCCCAGAAGAAACACCUUUGAGUAAAGAGUGUGUCAGCUUUAUUGUUGAUAAUCUCUUGUCAAAGAAGCAUAUGGUGUCAGCUGUUAAAACAGCUCUUAUGUCUUCUUAUAAGGACUUACAGAAGGAUAUCAUCAAGCAACUACACUUACAGAAAAAGGCUGCACUGGACACUGAAUUAUAUUGGUUGAUCUUGAGGAACCAGCUUAUGGCUAUCACUGUUGGUAGUUGUUAUUAUGAACCAUUGGUCAAUUUCAUUUUGGAUCAACAAGAAGCAUUUCGAGAUUCUUUGGUGCCUGACUACUUAGAUGUUGAUGUCAUCUCACAGGAUUUGAUUGCUGAGGGAUUUGAAGCUGAGGCAGGUACACUUCAACUGAAAGCUCAUGGCACGCAACCAAUGUUACAAACAUUUAGUGCUGCUCUUGGUGUAUGUAAACAUUGGUUAAAAUUAUGA